UGUUCACUCCUGGGACCUCCAAGUUCUGUUUCAGCCAUAAAGAUUACCUUGAACCUAUCUGUUUCAAGGAAGUAUCAAGUUGGAAACCAGAUAUUGGGCUUGAAAAUGUACAUUUGAGUUAAUAUUUGGCAGGAGAUAUCUAGAUCUAAGGGCAGCUGGCAGAGUGGGACUCAGCGACAAGGUGUGAAGGUGACUCAGGUUCCUGGGUGUCCUGACCCUCCUGGGGUGGUCACAUGCUCCCUGGCAGCUUCCUCUUUUCCUACAAACUGGACGUGGGGAAAUCCCCACUGGGCACUAUAAGAAGCCCCUGGGCUCUGUGUAGAAACCAGUGGCUCCAGCUAAGAGCACAAAAUGAGGACAGGCCUCCUCUGCCCCCUGGCCCUUCUGUUCCUCCUUGGCCAGACCACAGGGAAUUUGGAGCCCCUGGUCCCUGGCCCCAGUUCCAGCUCUUUCCUUGACUCUGUGUUCGGCUCCAACUUCAUCUCUGGCCCCAGCUCCAAUGACAGCUUCACUCCCAGCCCUGGCUCCGAGUCUCAGUCGCUUUCCAAUUUCACUGGCUUCGAGGAUGACCACGGGACCUGCCACUGCUCCGUGACCCUCCCAGACACGACCUUUCCCGUGCAGAGAGUGGAACGCUUGGAAUUCACAGCUCACGUUCUCUCCCAGAAGUUCGAGAAAGAGCUUUCUAAAGUAAGGGAGUAUGUCCAAUUAAUCAGUGUGUAUGAAAAGAAGCUUUCAAACCUAACUGUCCGAGUAGAGAUCAUGGAAAAGGACACCAUUUCUUAUACUGAACUGGACUUUGAGCUGAUCAAGAUAGAAGUGAAGGAGAUGGAGAAACUGAUCAUACAGCUGAAGGACAAUUUUGUUGGAAGCACGACAAUUGUUGACCAGCUGGAAGUGGAGAUAAGGAAUAUGAGUCUCCUGGUAGAGCAGCUCGAGACGCUAGACAAAAACAACGUCCUUGCCAUUCGCCGGGAAAUCCUGGCUCUGAAGAACAGGCUGAAGGAAUGUGAAGCCUCUAAAGGUGAAAAUGGUACUGUCUCCCCACCGCCUCCUGCCCCUGGGAGCUGUGGCCAUGGUGGUGUGGUGAAUAUCAGCAAGCCGACCAUCGUUCAGCUCAACUGGAGAGGGUUUUCCUUUAAGUAUGGUGCCUGGGGUCGGGAUUACUCUCCCCAGCAACCAAAUGGAGGGCUGUAUUGGGUGGCACCUCUGAAUACAGAUGGGAGAUAUCUAGAAUAUUACAGACUCUACAAUACCCUGGAUGAUUUGCUAUUGUAUAUAAAUGCCCGAGAAUAUCGGAUUACCUAUGGCCAAGGCAGUGGUACAGCAGUUUAUAACAACUACAUGUAUGUCAACAUGUACAGCAGCCAGAAUAUUGCCAAAAUUAACCUGAAUGACAACAGGGUUGAAGUGACUCAACCUGUCCCUGAUGCCGCCUAUAAUAACCGCUUUUCGUAUGCUAAUGUCGAUUGGCAAGAUAUUGACUUGGCUGUGGAUGAGAAUGGGUUGUGGGUGAUUUAUGCAACCGAAGCCAGCACUGGUAACAUGGUGAUUAGCAAACUCAAUGACACCACACUCACGGUGCUAGACACUUGGUAUACGAGACAGUAUAAACCAUCGGUUUCUAACGCCUUCAUGGUGUGCGGGGUUCUGUAUGCCACCCGCACUCUGAACACCAGAGAGGAAGAGAUUUUCUACUACUAUGACACAAACACAGGGAGAGAGGGCAGUCUAGACGUUGUAAUGCCUAAGAUGCGGGAGAGAGUUCAGAGCAUUAACUACCACCCUUUUGACCAGAAACUUUUCGUCUAUAAUGAUGGUUACCUUCUCAAUUAUGAUCUGAUCUUUAACAAGGAACCCAAGUAAGUUGUGGAAGGAUGAGAGAGAAAUGAAAGGUUCCUUGAAAAAAAAUGGUCUUUUUCACUUAUUUAGCUUUCCGCGGGGGGGAUUUGGAAGUGAGUUUGCUUAGUAGUGAUACUUGGGAGCAUAGUUCUAUCGCACUGAAGACUUAGGAUAUUUGCCCUGAUUUGGUAAGUUCUUUUGGAAGCCGUCUGCCUCCAGAGAAUGCAUUUCCCUAGUGAAAAUAAGGUCCUUGCAGGGUAGAUGGGAUUGUGGGGGGUCUAGGGACAUUAUAGGUUCAAGGAAGGUGUCAGUGAGACAGCUCUGGAAAUCAAGGAACUUAAAGAGAACCUAUGGCUUUUGGGGAUUCUUCGUAAGAAUGCGUGUCAAUGACCAGCUCUCCUCCAUGUAGCCAGGUUAAUUCAUCCAUGCCUGAAAGAAACCUGAUCUCAAUUAGGCAGAUUAAUACUUGAAACUCCUUGAGGGAUCAAGUCUCCAUCUUUGGUUUUCCUUACUAGCAUCUGGACAGUGUUUUAUAUGUAGCAGAUUAGUAAACUUAGCAUGCUUGUAUUAUAUCUGUGAGAUGCUCAGAGUUUUCUAGAGAGAGGCUCUUUUAUGCACUAAAUUGUACACUGUAAAUCAGUCCCAGAUGGACCUGCAGGUGGGGGAUUUGAUUUUUCUUUUAUCCCUUUUGUCCACCUCUAGAAGAGUCAGUAGAACCCUCCUACCUCAUAACUCCAUUCCAAAGGCACGCAGAAGACUAGAACCAGACUUACCAACCAGUUCCCUCUACCCAUUUCCUACCUCCUGCUUUUUAUGAAAAUUAACCAGUUUUUUUAUGGAAUGGGUAGAAGAAAAACAAAUACAUUUUUUUUGUCUCAUCAUGAAAUUACACUUACAUGACUCUAGGACCGUAAGAACAGAUGGCAGUGAUAAAAUAAUAGCAUAUCUGGUUACAUGACAAAGCCCUUGGAGCAUAUGUGACAUUUGUAUUAAGUCAUAUCAAUUGUUUCAUGCAAGUGUUGUCUUUGUUUAAGCCUAAAAGUUGUAAGAAAAUAAAAUUUUUUUAUUUGAGGAAGACAUAUUUUUAAAAAAACCAUUGAAAAUAUCUAGUAAGUCAGUGCAGUUUGAAAACCUAGCAGGUGUAUGUGCUUCUGUGCUUUUGGAUGGCUUUCUCUUCUGGUCUUGGUCUGUUUCCCCUUGAUGUUCAUGAGUCCCAGUCUACAGGACUGGCUCUUUAAAUGCUAUAACCGUCCCCUUUUAAUAAUGAUUAAAGUGUGUUUUGAUAUAAAUGUUGUCUUUUGGGUUUCUUUUAACUCUUUUAUUUUUAUUAUAAAAAGCCUCUUAAUAGGAUGGUCUCCACCUUGCUGUGAGGUACAGUGUGGCUACCUCCCGAACACUGAUGCCCAGGAAAUCAUACACCUAGCAGCAGAUAACAUCAAGACUUUUAGAAAGAGUCCAAAGUCAGGGCUGGCUCUUUAGUUUUCAUUUCCCUUUAAAAUCCAUUCUUUCUGGCAGCUUUUGUUGUAGGAGACUGCACUCUUUUCUUUUGGGAUAUGACCUUAUGUACUUAUUAAUUUGCAUGACUGAUCUGAUUAUUUCCAACGUUAGACUAUAUUUGUGUGGCUUAUGUUCCUUUUCCAACCGAGCUGUUAAAAUGGGUCAGAAGCCUCCAGAUCUUCCCUAAACAGAAGGUCUUGGCCAGAAAGCAAAGAGACUAAGUGGCCAUAUUGGAGAGAGAAAUACCUUUACCAAAGACAAUGUAUAGGGGGACAGGUGACCUAGAGCUGGAAGGGAAGAUAGACCUGGCUAGUGUAGUUAGUCCUACUGAAAUGCUCAUUUUUAAUACAUGCCAUAUUUUUUUUUUUUUAGGCAGGUGGUAGCUAUAAUAUUUAGUAUUUUUAGCAGUGUUAUUCUGUAUUUUUCAGGCUGAGCAUAGAGACAGGUAUGGCCUUCAAAAUGCAACAAGAUGUGAAGAUAAAGACCAGUAUGUCAUGUGAGAUAUAAGUUAAAAAACAGUGAUGCUACCUUAAUCUGGCCAGCGGGCAAUUUUCCAGAUGAAUGUUCUACCACAUUCAUAGUAUGAUCUCUGAAGAUCUGGAAAAGAAGGCAGGAAGCCAAAGUAACCCUAGCAAUCAGCUUCUUAUUUAAAUGGCUACAGAAGCAUUUGCCUGACAUUUCCCUUCAGAACCUUCUUCCACUGGAUGUGGAAGUGUAUCAGGAGUGUAUGCAGGGACUGCCUGCUGGAAAUUUCCCUACUGGGAAGGCUGAACAACUAAUUGAAGGAUUGAGAUGCUGGAGUUUAUUGCGAUGCAGUUGCACAGUGGAGACUUUAGCUCAGGAUUCAUCA